GAGAGGGCUGGCUCUGUAUUUCAGUAUUUCACUAAUUCCAUAUUCCUCUGAACUCACUCAAAGGACACACAAAACAAAGCAAUGACGACAAAAGCAGCCUCUUGUAUUGUCGCCAACGCAGCCAUGGAAAAGUCCUUCAAAACAAGACCUUUAUUACUAUUUCAGUCACUUUGCAACAAAACUUCACAUCACAUGAAACCCUUUGGAGUUCUGGACUCGCUUUGAUGGAGUAGCAGGUCGAGCCAACCAAUUAAGGAAACUUCCGCAGGAACUUUGCUGGGUUUUUUGUCCAGUGAGGAAUUUCAAUUUCGUUUGAACUUGGUCAGUUAUUUAUCGGAGGAACUAGUAACUUUCUCAGUUCUGGCAAUCUGAUCUUCAGCAUCCCCUAAUUGUUUUUAUUGUUAAUUGAAAGAAUGGCGCAAGAGGACGGGUCCCCAGUAACUUCAUCACCCCUGCAGUUCUUUCCCUGGCUAUCUCCUGGGAUGGGAUCUCCAUACCCAACAUGGCUCAGGGAGCUAAAAUCUGAAGAGAGAGGUUUAUAUCUGAUCCAGCUUCUUUAUUCUUGUGCUAACCAUGUCGCUUCUGGUAGCAUUGAGAAUGCAAAUAUUUGGCUUGACCAUAUUUCUCAGCUAGCCUCUCCUGAUGGCGAUACAAUGCAGCGAAUAGCUGCUUAUUUCAAUGAGGCACUUGCAGACCGGAUGCUUAAAGCUUGGCCUGGUCUGUAUAAAGCUCUUAACUCAACGAAAAUAACAUCAGUCUCAGAAGAAAUUCUCGUUAAAAGGCUCUUCUGUGAUCUAUGUCCUUUCUUGAAGGUUGCGUACGUGGUUACAAAUCAGGCCAUAGUGGAAGCAAUGGAAGGAGAAAAGAUGGUUCAUAUUAUUGAUCUUCAUUCAUGUGAGCCUGCCCAAUGGAUUUAUCUGAUUCAGACAUUAAAUGCUCGACCUGAAGGCCCGCCUCAUUUGAGAAUUACAGGCAUUCACGAACAGAAAGAGGUAUUAGACCAAAUGUUCCAUCGCUUGACUGAAGAAGCAGGAAAUCUGAACAUCCCGUUUCAGUUCAAUCCUAUAGUUAGCAAGUUAGAGAACCUUGAUAUCGAAAGUUUGCGUGUCAAGACUGGAGAGGCUCUUGCAGUCUGCUCUGUAUUGCAGCUACAUUCUCUCUUGGCAGCUGAUGAUGAUCUUAGGAGAAAAUCACCAUUAGCAUCUAAGAAUCUGCAGAAAGUCUUGCAUAUGAAUAAACUCACUUUAGGAGAGUGGCUGGAGAAAGAUCCAAUCAGUGCAUAUAACCUAAGUCCUGAUUCUGCAUUGUCCCCACUAUCAGGUGGUUCACCAAAGAUGGGGAGUUUUUUAACUUCUCUUUGGGGCCUUUCACCAAAGCUAAUGGUGAUCACCGAGCAAGAAUCAAACCACAAUGGCCAUACAUUAAUGGACAGGAUCAUGGAAGCAUUGAACUUUUAUGGAGCGCUUUUUGAUUGCUUGGAGUCUACAGUUCCGAGAUCACCAAUGGAGCGACAAAAGGUUGAGAAGAUGCUUUUCGGAGAGGAAAUAAAAAACAUCAUAGCAUGUGAGGGAACUGAGAGAACGGAGAGGCAUGAGAAGCUUGAGAAGUGGAUUUUAAGGCUUGAGUUGGCUGGGUUUGGCAGGGUCCCUUUAAGCUACCACGGAAUGUUACAGGCUAGGAGGCAGUUGCAGGGCUAUGAAGGGUUUAAGAUUAAAGAAGAAAAUGGAUGUUUAGUUAUUUGUUGGCAUGACAGGCCGCUUUUUUCAAUAUCGGCCUGGAGGUUUAGGAGAUACGAGUGAUGUUGGUGGUCGAUGUGGGGAUUGAGUGCUUUUGUUUUUGUUUUUUUCUUUCUUAUUUUUCCUUUUCUUGUUUGUGUAAAGGAUUUUAUGCAUUUCUUCCUCUGCAACUGCAUAGUAUCUUCCUCAGAAGCUUGGGAGAAUUAUUCUCUGUUCUAAAACUUCAGUUAGUUGUUAAUUUGUAUCCUAUUUUUAGUUUUCUUCCCACAUAAACGCUGAUGUUUCUGCCAUAUUUGGGUUUGAACCCUGUUCUAUAGAUUCUUCAAAGUUAAACAUGA